UCUUGUGAAUGAGAUCUUGUGUUUUAAGUGAACCGUGACAGUUAUCACAAAUACUCGAUUUUUCUUCAUCAACAAGUAGGACAAAUUUAUUUUAAUUUCUAAUUAUAACCGAAUAAAAAGUGAUUUUUUGUUAUAAAAUUUUUAAUAUGUGACGUAGAUGCAUUCAACUUGAUGCCAGUCUGGAUUAUAAAAGUGUUAUUGUGUAUACAAGAAACCAGUUUACGAAAAAAAAAGGGGAGAGUCUGAAUCGAAGUCCAAUUUUGCUGAUUGAGAGUGUCGUCGCCGUCAUCAGGAGUCGUGGGUGAAAUCGUCAAAAUGUCAGUGUUCUAGUAAAGGGAACCGAAGUGCGCAGCUACGGAUUUAACGACGUUUCCACGGCGCGGGCGCCGCUGAUUUCCCGGGGAAUCGGGACUUUCCGGGUCGAGACUAGCUUUUCUUCUCAUUUUCGAGCGCGCAUUAGUAACGUUCUGUCACCGCAACAGGUGAAAUCUUUUAUUUAAAAAUCCUCGCGAUUUUAAAAAUAUUCGUAAAAACUCGAAAAAAAAGUGAUUAGUAUUUAAAAAAAAACGAGAAAAGAUAGUUUUUUUCAAGAAGGAAAAGGUCCAGGAGAACGAAAAUGAGUGUCGACGAUAUCCUAAACUACACGCCUGAUGAGGAUGAAGACCUCUACGCAAUUCUAGGAUGCGACGAAUCUGCAACGGUUGAGCAGAUCACUGCCGAGUACAAGGCUUUGGCUCUUCAGUACCAUCCUGAUAAAAAUGAAGGCAACAAGGAAGCGGAGGCAAAAUUCCAGAUGCUUAAAAAUGCCAAGGAGAUAUUAUGUGACCCUGAAAAGAGGAGCAAUUAUGACAAAUGGAGGCACAGCGGGAUCUCAAUCAGUUAUAAGAAGUGGCUUGGAAUGAAGGAUUCAGUCCAUCAGUCGAUGCACUGGAGCACACCAAAGACGAAGGACAGGAUGUUGCCAGAUGGCGCUGGUGCAGGGGGUUCCCCUGGUCACGUGAGAGGCCAGCCAAUGAACGCUAACAGGCGCGCAUCAGAAGGGGGAGCUAACAUCCACUACGGCGCACGUCGGGAUGUAAACUGGGACGCUCAGCCACCCAGCGAGGUUGUUAAUAAAUUUCGCAAUUAUGAAAUUUAAAAACUGAGCCGCCCCUCUGCUUUUGAAAAUCGUGCGUUUCCGAUGGCCAAUUAUAAUUCGAUGACUACACCAUAAAAAAAAA